GGCAUUGGGGCCGGUCGGGGGCCGGUCCGAGGCCAGUGCCGGGCUGCGCUGGGCAGGCGCGACCGAGAGUGUUUGGGAGAAGAGUGCGGAGAGGUGUUCGGAACUCGAGGCUCGGUUUGGAGGGCUGUGAGGGGGAGAGCAUGUGCCCGGUUUGGGGGCGCGGAGCAGCAGCUUUGCAGUGGAGACUUCUGUGGCUCGGAGGAGUCGGGGAUCCGCGCGCGCAGCGAGGCCAGGAGACCGAGGGAGAUGGCCUGGAGGUCGGAGGUGCUUCCGCGGUGCCUUUGAAAAUCUCCCAGCCACCCCGCACCAGAUUACCGUGGCCACUGGCGCUUGGAAAUGUUUGUGGGUGCAUGUCCUCGACUUUCUCUGGUCUCUCAUGUUGGGGCAGCAUCCACGUCUCUAUUUUUCUCUGGAUUCCCGGGGUCCUUCCAAAUGCGCUCCUACGCCCGCGCCGUGGCCCAAAUGGGCAAGGGGGGCGGGAGGUGGAGAGCGGCUCAGGGACAGGAUCCCACCGAAGAGCCAGGACCCUUCAGAGCGCCCCACUGCCCGGCUCCACACCCCACCGAAGGUUGGAGAACCCACUUCCCUCGUGGCACACCUUAACUCUGGGGAGAGUAGGUAGUGAGUGACCUGGAUUGCCCUGCGGGGGCAGGUGGUUCGGUGUGUAGGGAGCGGACGGCAACACUGGAUGUCCCUGGCAGGUCUGGGUGUCUGUCUCCUAAGAGGACAGGGAAGGGCAGCCACGAUCUGCCCGCCUGGCCUCGCGAACCUCUCGGCACUGGGUGAGAGGCAACUUCGGCCAAUUCUUGCUGCCCUCUCGCCCUCUCCCGGCCGCUCCCAGUCCAGCCGGGCCUGGCGCUACCCGAGCCAGGGUUCGAGCCCUCUGCGCGGCCGGGCAGAAGCAGGUAGGGCCUCAUCUUCUGCAUAUGUGUGCGGCUCGCCGCCUGUCCCCUUUCUCCUCCUGUCUCCACCCCUGCGGCCCCAGUGGCCUGGAGCUUCCAGCCCCGCGCUCGGCCGAGGCUUGGCGAGGCUAUGCUGCGGGAAGCUGGAAUCCAACGCGCGGCUAGCUGAACCGCCUGAGCCGCAGGAAACCAGCGGCGGGGCGGUAGUGAAGAGGUGCGAGGAUGAGGAGGACCGACCUGCGAAGGAAGGGAGGUGACUGGCCGGGAGGGCUCACUGCCGAUGUUGAUUUGCUCUUGGUCCAACUUCCAUUACGGGACUGGAGCCAGAAACCGUGUAUCCUCCGGUCGAAAGCGGCGGUUCCCACCUCGGGGCACCGAUAAGGAUUUGAUAAACGGGAACGAAUCGCGCGUGUCCUGGCUUGGCGCCCGGGCCCUUCAUUGUGGGAUCGCCAGGGUAGGGGAUUGGGUCCUGCUCCCCUUUCCUGGCCGCACUCCCCCCUUUCGCGUCACCGUCGCGCCCUCACACCCAAGACAAGUGAGGGAGCCCUGAGUGCAGCCGGCACAUCCCCAGGGCCCUUGGAGCCGUCCUGGGGUUCCAUGUCUUUUGAAGGCAGCAGAACAAGGAAAAGACUCUAAGAUUCCAGUGCGUUUUGUGAAAACCAAUCAUAAUGCUAAUAAUGACUGAACCAUCGAAAAGCAAAAUUAUAGACAGCUCCUCUGCAGGCGCUGUCAGGUCCAGAGCCGGCGAGGGAACUUGUGUAUUUUACAACUGCGAUGCCUAUCGGGAAUGUGCCAGUCGCCAAGGUGGGGCCUGAUAGUAAUCUUGACAAAUGUGUGAAGUGUCAGCUCCUCCUGCGCGCCUUAGCGCCGGGUUUUGUGCAGUUUUGUACCGUAUAUACCGAGAAACUUGGGAGCAGGGGAAAAAUUAUUUCGACACACCCGGCUACAGUACCUGCUUCGUUAGCGGGCUGUUGGAGAGAGAGAAGGAGCGGGAAUGGGAGCGGGAAGAACGCUGACUCCCAAUUAUUGGCGAGAGCGGCCGCUUUAAGAACCACUGUCGGGACUGCCUGCGAAACGCCUUGGAGGCCGCUGUGUGAGCUGCGGCUCCGGGCUGGUGGCCACGCCAGGGUGUCCGCCCUCUUCGACCUGCCUGGAUUUUUGUGCUGCAGAAUGGCAGGGCAAACAGCGUGUCCUUCACCAUCUAGAGCCCCUUAAGGGGCUGUCCAAUUCCUGUUGGACUAAUCAUUUUGAGAUUCAUUUACUUUUCGUGCCUGGGUCUGUUUGCUGGCUGCAGCUUCUUUAGGGACUAAGAUGUAAUUAAAAUAUGUGAACCAAUGCAUUGAAAGUUGGUGUUGUUAUGUAAGUGGCUGCUGUAGCUUUCCUGAGUGCCUCACAAGGGCGAUGUGACGGUGAGGGGGCUCUCGGCUGAUGAUUCUGCCCACUAGUUCUUACAUUUUGUGUUUCUUUGGUUUAGCAAAGCAAUUUCUUCCCCCAAAUGCAAUAUGGGCAGAACAUUUGGAAUAUUCCUUCUAACAAUGGCCCCUCAAUAAGUGGGCAGAUGAUUUUGUCCCAAAACGUUCACACGUCGAUAAAUAUGUUAAUGUUUAAUAAUAAAGAGUUUGCUUUCUAAACGGUA